UGGCAAGUUGGUCGUGCUGAUGAAUCACUUGGCAGACGAGCUGAAACCCAUUGUGGCGAGGCAGAGUCGACACUUUUCAGUGCACACGCCGACGCCCAGUGGCAAUGGGAAGGCGAAUGGAAUUCGAGAGGGAGAGAAAGAGUGUGAAAAUGACUCCAUGCUUAUGAUGGAGAUUGCAAUGUGUGGAGACAUGAGUUACUACGUUGAGUUGCUGGAGCAAGGAGCGGAGUUUUUCUCGCUUCGUGUUCCGAUGAUACAAUUCUAUCGUGGACUGGCACUUUCCUCUGUGCCUCGAGACUACCACAGUGUAAGAUUGGCUUUUUGUGGAGUAAUUUGCUGAAUUUUGGAGCUGAAAAAAUGGUUUUCUUGGUAAUAAUCAUUCAGAUGCUGAAACGACUGGAGAAUUUGCUGCUUCGCUUUGACGCAUUCGACCACCCGUUGCUGGAGACGAUGAAGCAGUCAGCCAUUGAGGAGCUGAGUACGAUGCAUGCAGCCAUCCAGUGUGAAGUUCGCGUGGCAGAGUAUGACUUCACGCGCUCGAUCGUGGCACUGCAUCGGCUUAAGGUUCAACUGCGCUCUUGGAGUGACCAUAUCGAUAGUGUUUCAGACUAUCCGCUAUUUGAAGGCAAUGGUGUAGACUUCGGUGCUGGUGGUGAGGAAGAAGGACUGCUACUCGAUGAAUCGGAUGAUAACUAUGGCAUCACAUCGGACUCGAUGUACUCCAACACGAGUUACCAGUCCUCGUCAUCGCUUGCCCGUGGCCACAUGCUAAACUCGAGUCUAAGCGGGGAGUCACAUUAUGCCAGUGGUGGAGUUCCAGGUGUUCCUUCCUCGCUAGCCGAGUCGUUGGUAUCGUAUCGCGGUGGACGAUAUGUUAAUAUGGGUGAUACUUCCUAUGAUAUCGCAGACGAGAUGGCCUUGCUCGAGAGUCAUCAGUCCGGCGUAUCGUUGAACGGUUCUAGCCCAGCUUCCUCGGAGACUCACAGCACCUUCAAACGUCUAUUAUCACACAGCAGCCUCCUCCGACGAGGUGGAUUAGCGUCUGCAUUGCCUAUUCGACGUGGACUCGUUCAGAAACCAGGCGACCCGUACGUCAGCUCGGUAGGUGCGAACUCGUCUACGCCAACUAUCACGCUGGAGCAAGCCAUCUUGGGUGGAGCAACUGGUACGGGAGGAAGUGGCGGUGGUGCCGGUACAUCUCUUGGAACGCAGAGUGUUUCAAAUGGUGGAGGUAUUGCUGGUGGCAGCACCAACCCAGUGGCGGCUGAAAUGAUGGCAUCUUCUAUGAAGAAACAGGAACGAGACGAUGGUUUCGCUCUGCCAGUGUUUCAGUGGUCUAAGCGGUUUUAUCGCUCUCUUGUGGCCAAGUUCUCGCUUUACUUUCAUCGCUGGCUGGAACCAUUCGAGAAGAAGACGGACUACCUGACACUGGAGCUAUCUCGCUUUAUCAAGACGCCACUCGGAAUUUCUUACCUCGGAUUGAUGGACGUCCUGCUAUCUCGAGCUCAACGAGGAGAUAGAAGUGUAAUUAAAGUUAUGCUUAUUCUUGAGACGCAAGCGCUAGAGAACAAGGGCGCACAUUAUUAUGAGAACGGCUAUCGUUGUCCAAGCUCGAGCAAUGCGCUUUAUACUCGUACAGAUCAAGAGAAGCAAGAUGAUCAAGAGGAACAAGAAGCAAAGCAAAAGGCUAUUGCUUCAGCUGGUUCCACCAACACCUCCGGUGUCAGUAGUUGUACGCAUUCGCCUGCAUCUUCCAGAGGAGGAGGCGCGUCACCAGCGAACGGACAUCGUCGGUCGAUUGAUCAGCAGAAUCACGCGCUGUUUAUGCGAGUCGACCGCGAGGAGAAUGAAGAGCAGAACGACUUCUCUGAACUCUGGGGACUUCGCAGUUGGCCAGCAGUCUUCUGUUAUCCGGAAGGCUCUUCACCUCCGCUUGACCACUGGCCGAACAUUGUCAGUCUCAUUAUGGAUAAUCGAUCCGCGCUUGACUCGGUUCGCCCUGUUUUUAUGCACUCAGAGCGAAGACAGAAGACAACGUAUCACAUUUCAAGGGUAGACGAGGCCAUUUACCUCGUGCUUCUUGCGGAAGGAGUGAAGAAAUCCAACGAGAAAGUCGCGCAGGACUUUAUGCAAACUGUAACAGAAAAUUUACAGCACUCGGGGGCUUUUGCACCCCGUGUGUUGCCAACAGUCGAGUCUUCUUCGGCGUAAAUGUUCAACUGGGAAAGCGCAUCUGAUGGCAUUUUGUACUUAGCGAGCGAUCAAUGCAAAGGUUUCUGGGUGAUGACUUUAUUAAGUGACACGAAUAUCAACUUCCUUUGGGGCGUGUUAGAGAAUGUAGACGGGCUUGACGUCGGUGGGUGAGAAUACAUCUUGGGUGUCGACGCACUUGAUCGUGCCGUCGGAACUGCGCUGUGUGAGGAGUUCGAUGCCCCGCUUGCUGUACACUCGGCCAUUAGGCAGCACGAGCGGCGGGUUGUGCUCGUCCAUGACACUUUGCGUUACGCGACACACCAGUCUCGAGUGUGGGUGGUACGCGAACGGCAGUCCCGUGCAUAAUUGGCUCCCCACUUCGCUGCAAGCUGGACAGAUCGGCACUGGUAACUCCGCACGCGAAUAUUUGCGCUUCUUGCUGUUAGCAGAGUCGUCCUUCUCAGAUGCAGUAAGGGACUUGAACCAUUCCUCGCUCUCAUCUUCGCUGUCUCCAUUGUCAUCACCAGCUUCUUCACCUUCUCGACGUUGUCGCUUGCCUCGUGCUCCACUUUGUGCAAGUCUCGCCUUCAAAUUGGCGUCUCGAGUGAGAUGGCACGCCCGAGUAUUCAGUGUAGACAGUCCGGCGUGCAGCGCGAUACACAGCGACGGCGGAUCGUGCAUCCCAUAGACGUCAUUGAAUGCUUUGCGAAACAUUUUCUCCAGUGUCAGCCAUCUGUCCAUUGCAAAGACCUUCUCGUACGCUUCAAUGCCGCAUUUUUCGGGCGACUCGAACGCCAGUGUCGCCAUAGCGAUCUGCACUUCACCAAUAGCAGCAUCACGAAGACUCUGCUUCUCUGGCUGCAUUGCGAGCGGGGUCAAAUAUGUGCGUGCAUGUUGGACAGCCUCUAAAGGCUUGUGAGCGCGUACAAAUUCGAUGAAAUCCUGCAGUCGAAGGUGAAAUUCCAGUGAAGACUGCAGUCGUCGCAGCCGUGAGCCAUUCUGCGAGCACCAUGCAAUCGCCUUAUCUGUGUGAUGAGCCUGCAGGUCCUUUAGCACCGCUUGACACUCGGAAUGAAGCUCGUGAUCCACCAAAUGGCCGACAUCUACACAGUUCGUAAAAACUAAGUUUCUGCUUAAAAGAUGCAUAAAUCCUGUUAAACAGUCC